GACCUGAAUUAUGCUCGCAUGGUAAUGGCAGAGUUGGUGGGUACUUUUAUUUUGAUGUUCUGUGUUUGUGGAAUCAGUGCAAGCACAGAAGUCCAAAAGGGUGCAGUGGGCCUUGCGGAGUAUGCAGCUACAGCAGGGUUAACAGUGGUGGUGAUAAUUUUCUCUAUAGGGCCAAUAUCUUGUGCGCACGUUAACCCAGCUAUCACAAUAGCCUUUGCUACAAUGGGUGAAUUUCCAUGGUUGAAGGUUCCAGUUUACAUAAUAGCACAGACAGUAGGUUCUAUGUCGGCAACAUACAUAGGUAGCCUUGCAUACGGCAUAAAAUCAGAUACUAUCAUGACCAUGCCACUCCAAGGGUGCACCUCUGCCUUCUGGGUGGAGCUUAUUGCAACUUUCAUCAUCAUGUUCCUCGUUGCAGCUUUGACAUCUCAAUCUCAGUCAGUGGGCCAUUUAUCUGGCUUUGUUGCUGGUAUAGCAAUUGGCCUUGGUGUGCUAAUCACAGGACCAGUCUCAGGUGGAUCCAUGAAUCCUGCAAGAUCAUUAGGUCCAGCAAUUCUGUCAUGGAAGUUUAAGAACAUAUGGAUAUACAUGGUAGCCCCCAGUGUUGGAGCUGUGGCAGGAGCUGCAAUGUUUCGUUUCCUACGCCUUCGAGACCAACAUUCUACUACUUUGUUCUCCCCAAACAUCAGUGACGCUGGUCGUCCAAUACCCUUUUGCUCAAGUUAGUGCACAAC